GUAUGUAACCCUCACCUUUGGCCGCCGUUCUGCCUCCAGAAGCUCCGAUUUCCAUUCUUCUUACUGUCACACACACAGUUUGCUUUUUCGAUCUCUACAAUCUUCAACUUCAAUGGCAAGCAACGAUCCAGAGCACAAGGAGGAGGAAACCGUCGCAGCCGAAGACGAAGACACCGGAGCACAGGUCGCCCCGAUCGUCAAACUUGAAGAAGUCGCUGUCACCACUGGGGAAGAAGACGAAGACGCUAUUCUCGAUCUUAAAGCCAAGUUAUAUCGGUUUGAUAAGGAUGGAAACCAGUGGAAAGAACGAGGUGCUGGUUCAGUUAAGUUCUUAAAGCACAAACAAACUGGAAAAGUUCGUCUCGUUAUGCGUCAAUCUAAAACCUUAAAGAUCUGCGCCAAUCAUCUAGUUAUACCUACCAUGACUGUUCAAGAACACGCUGGAAACGAAAAGUCAUGUGUGUGGCAUGCUGCUGAUUUUUCUGAUGGCGAACUCAAGGAUGAGCUUUUCUGCAUUAGAUUUGGAUCAAUUGACAAUUGCAAGAAGUUUAUGGAAACGUUUCAAGAAGUGGCGGAGUCCCAACAAGGAAAAGAAGAGAACAAAGAUGCUUCAAAUGCUGCUGGAUUGCUUGAGAAGUUGAGUGUUGGAGAUGAAAAGAAAGAAGAAGUGAAAGAGAAAGAGGAAGUGAAGGAGACUGAAAAAGCAGCUGAAUCAGAAGAGAAGAAAGAAGUUGAAGCAGCUUCAUCUACAUAAGGCAUCAUCAUGUAUCUCACAUAUACCAGGUAUUGUAACAUCACCUAAUGAGAGGUCUUGUUGAGUCAGCAUCUGUAAGAGAUGAUGUUGCAAGAAUGGAGUCAUUUUGGGUCAGUUGGGUCAGUCGGGUUUGGGUUUUGAAUUUGUGUGAUGGGUCAGUUUGGUGGGUCAAUUGAGUCUGGUUGAGUUUAUUAUGAGUAUAGAUAUAAAUUAAUAGGGGUGGG